AUGACAAACAGAAAGAAGCAGAAGGGUUCGGACACGGCGGUGCAAGGGACCAACGACAGCAGCGUGGUAAGUAAAGUGUCUGCUGCAGCUCAGGGUUACUUCCAUGACUUGUUCCUUCAGCACUUCGUGUGCAAAGUGGCGAGGAGAGCUCCACUCAUCAACAGGGGCUACUAUGUGCGCUGGAAGGCAGUGGACCACUGUUUGCAGUCAUUCCUGAAAGUCACGCAACAGUGUGCCAAGAGACAGAUUUUGUCUCUGGGCGCCGGAUUUGACUCGCUGUAUUUCCGUCUGUACGCAGACUCUGCACUUGACCGGGCAGUUGUUUUCGAAAUGGAUUUCCCGGAGGUGACUCGGCGAAAGGCUGCACUGAUCCGGUCCAAUGUGUCACUGUCAGAAUUGUUAGACUUGCAGCCUGAACAUUCUCCGACCGGGCCUGUGUAUGUGUCUAGCAGUCAGUACAAGCUGAUUGGGGUGGAUGUGCGAAAUGAAGCCCAAGUUGAAGAAGCCCUGGGAAUGGCGGGACUGGAUCUGACUGCCCCCACUCUGAUUCUUUCUGAAGUUGUUCUCACUUACAUGGAAACGCAACAGUCAGAUGACAUCAUUAGUUGGGCAGCGAGGCGUUUUCCUCAGUCUCUCUUUGUGAUAUACGAGCAGAUCCAUCCCCAAGAUCCAUUUGGUCGCAUCAUGCAGGAGCAUUUCCACAAACUGAAUUCCACUCUGCAUGCACUCCGAAAGUAUCCCGACUCCGAUGCACAAAAAAAGAGGUUCCUUGACAAGGGAUGGGAUCAAUGUGUGUGUGUGAAUAUGAACGAGUUCUUCCUUGGAUUUAUUGGUGAUGACGAAAGAUGCCGAGUAGAACGUUUGGAGCCUUUUGAUGAGUAUGAGGAGUGGCACCAGAAAUGCUCACACUACUUUAUCCUAACAGCAUCUCAAGGUUCUCUCACAGCGCAAUCGCUGCUCGCUCACCCUACAGUGCCACUCCAGCACCAGUCUCGGAACCUGUCAGACCUCAUUGUCAAAACACAGCCAGUUCUCGUGGAGGGUCUCGGGAUGGCUUCAACAAUGUUGGACGGAGGGCGCAUCCUUCUCACCGGUGGCUCUUGCAGAACCAGCCGAGGGGCUCCGAGUCGAGUCCUGCUCAAAGGCAGUGAAGGCUGGAGAUCUGCCCAUGUAGAAUCCUCAGCUCAUUUGAGUGUUCGCCUGUACCACACUGCUACUUCUGUUCCUGGGGGAGUCACUUUAAUAUACGGCGGACGCUCUUCUCCAUUAAACCCAGUCAAGGGCCUUCUUAAAGUCAACCUCAAUGUUAAGGACACAUCGGGUCCUGACAAUGUAAUUGAACUUCAUGCGGAGGAAACGGUGUGUACAGGUUCUCAUCCACCACUUAGAUGGAGACAUUCUGCUACGCUGGUCUCACAUAAAGGAAAAAACUACUUGUUUGUCUUUGGUGGCAAAAAUGAAUCUGAAUCAGUUUUGGAUAGCGGUUACUUCCUGGAUCUGGAUAUGCAGCACUGGACUGAGCUGGCAGUAGAGGGUGAAGCGCCAGAGGCCCGCCAUUCCCAUUCCGCAUGUUCGUACAAGGGAGGCCUGGUUCUCUUCGGAGGACACGGAAGAAGAGGGGAGCCACUUGGAGACAUAGUGGUGAUGAAGCCCAACGAGAGAAGCUUCUGCUGGGAGAAAAUUGACACUCAUCCUCCUCUUUGUCCCAGAUAUUCCCAUGAUGCCCAUGUGAUUGGCGAUCACCUGAUUGUAGUGGGCGGAGUUUGGCUGCAUUCAGACAGUGUGCCGGGAGUGGCCAUUGUCAACCUUUCCACGCGAUGCAGCGUCGAGUUCAGUCUGGACACGACCUCAGUGCCUUGGCCUCUGAUGUUGCACUCGUUCUGCUCCGAGUUGAUGGUCCAGAAAGAAGCGGAGCUGAUCCUGAUUGGUGGUGGAGGGAAUUGUUUCUCCUUUGGAACGCAUUUCAACCCUCAAAUUGUCACGGUGGACCUUGGCCCACUCUUCUUGGAGGAUCCCAAGGUGUUUCCAGGCCAGCCAGGGGACAUAGUGUCCACAGCCUUUCCUGCAUCGGCCCUACAACCUCCUCUAAGUGGGACAUACCUGGAACACCUCACCAAAGAGGCAUCCUAA